AUGGGGACACAGCUAGGAGCACUGGCGUGGCUGCUUGUCUUCGCCCUCAGCAUCAAACUAACCAUCGCUGGCCCUGCCGACCCUCCAUCGUUCUUUCGUCAGUCAGCGGAAUCAGCACGUAAAUCCAAGCCAAACGUGCUACUGCUUCGUGCGCCAUCCGUCGACCAAGACCAUGCCUCUUUCCAACAGCACUUCCAACGAGCAGCCACCUUGCGCCGACGCGUCCUCUUCCGCCGCCAAGACUCGUCUACCGACCGCCCCUCGCAAUCGAGCACGAACCCCAAUGACAAGAUCCAAUCCCUCGGCCUGCUCUCCGGAGCCUACGACGUGCCGCUCAACCUCUCUUCGGACCCUACACAGCUCGUGUUCGUCCAGCUUGACACGGGAUCGUCCGAUCUCUGGAUCACAUCAAGCGACUGUACCACUCGGCAAUGUGAAAACGACCGUGUGCUCAAGUUCGACCCUUUGCGCAGUUCCAGCUUGCAGAAGAUCGAGGUGGAUGCCGGGGCACGGCUCAACCUCACCGCGUCGAGUUUUGGCGGCAAUGCGACCAACAGCACCUCGGGAAGCUUGUCGGGCGAUGGGUUUGAGCGGCGACAGAGUAGCAGCGAGGGAGAGAAGGCAGAGAUCCCUUUCUCGAUCUACUACGACGACACCACCUUCGCGUCGGGUAUCGUCGUCGCGGACAACAUCAGCAUCAGCGAUCUCAGUGUGCCGCAGCAGGUGUUCGCGCUGAUCAACGCGACCAACGUUACUCUGGGUACACAGGGGAUAUCAGGUGUGCUAGGACUAGGCUUCCCACGGGGCAGUGUCGUGUCGCGCAGUUUGCUGGGCUACGAAGCUCAAAUCGGGAGCGGGGUCAAGACGCUACCGCUGAUGACGUCGUUGCUGCAAACGAGUGGGGAAUCAUAUCCCCUGUUCGGGCUCUACUUGACACGGACAAGCGGCAGGGCCACAUUCGGCGCCGUGGACCCGUUCAUCCUCCCUACGGCACAGGAGAGGGGGUGGGUCGAGUGGUACGACGUUUAUCCGUUCCCUUCCGGGGACACGGCGUUGCCGGCAAACGAUACGCUCAACAUCGACGCGCAGGCGCUGGGGCCAUAUGUGCAGUGGGUGCUGCCGCUAAGGGCUGCUGGGAUAGGAGGCGUACCUGCCACUCUCACUCGUACAUACCAGCAAGUUGCAGAGUCUCCGCUGGCGCUGAUCGAUAGCGGGUCAUCGUCGAUCAUCGGACCUCCUGCAGACGUCGAGUCGAUCUUUGCCCAGAUACGCAACAGCAGGCAUGUCGGAGGUGGCCGGUUCGUGGUGCCGUGCGACACGACGGACCGGAUGUACUUCUCGUUUGGCGGUUCCAACCUGACCUUGUUGCCGACAGACUACAUCAUCGGUCCGGACGUUCAGCAGCCUUAUCUGUGCUUUGCGUGGCCUGCAGCUGCGCAACCGGACGCGACAGGCGUAGGCUGGAUCCUGGGCACGCCCUUCCUGCGUGCCGUCUACACGGUCUUCUCCAUCGGAAUCAACGACAAGGAACCACCCAAGAUCGGCUUCUAUCCGCUGCGACAGCCCGCCGACACGACACAGAGCAGCGUCGUGUUCGCUCCGCAACCCACCGCCGAGCUCUCAAGCUUCCUGGCCCAAGCGACGUCGAUCAACAGCGUCCUGCCCAACUCGCUCGUCUCGCUGCAGCCCGCCAGCAGCGUGGCGUACUUCUUCGGCAAUGCGACUGCAACGCCAAGUGUCGGUGUGACGCCCACGAUCGUGGGUGCGCCGAGCACGUACAGCGCCGCGCUGCCGGCUGGGACGGGCGCGACCACGGGAGGUCUGCCGGUGAUUGCGAGCAGCUCCAAGCCGUUGCCGGUGCCGAGCAAUCCUGCUGCAACCGGCGGUGGUCAUGGGGCUAACCGUGCGGUUAGCCAACGGGAAGGACAUAGUAUGUGGAUGCUGACUGUGCUCACGGUGCUAGUGGUGGUGGUGCUGGCCAUAUUCGUGUGA